AUGUCAACUGAAAAACAACGUCAACAACAAAGUCCAUAUGAUUAUUCUGUUAAACGUUUAUUAUCUCAAGAUACAAAUUCAAGUUCAACAGAACGAUCGAGUGUUCUUCUAUGUCCUCCACCAAAAAAUCGUGCUCGUCGUGCUCGAACGUAUUUUGAUGAUCGAAGUAUACAAAUACUUGAACAUGCUUUUUUACAAGAACAAUAUCCUGAUAUUCAUCGUCGUGAACAAUUAUCAAAUGAAAUUGGUACAAGUGAAGCACGUGUACAAGUUUGGUUUCAAAAUAAACGUUCACGUUGUCGAAAACGUUUAUUAACAAAAACAAUUUCAAAUGAAAAUAAUAUUGAAAAUGAUGAAACAAAUUCGAAAUUAAAUCAUGAAAAUACAUUUGAUGAUUCACAAACACGAACACCUAUGAGAUCAAUUUCAACAUCAAAUGUUCUACCAUUCACUCCAACUCCUAUUCAAUCAGUUUUGGCUACACAUUUUCCUUUUUUUCUUCAGCAUUUCUAUUAA